UGGCAUUAAACCUAGUCAUGUGAUGAUCACGUGACCCAAUGCGGAAAAGGCGACAGGACAACUGAGUUAGGGGUAAACGUUAAAUUGGUGAUACGAUCAUAUUUGUCUUUAUCUCGACUCCCAGCUGUCCAGCAAUGGACGGAUCUGUCAGAGCAUCUUCAGACGCCUCAGCAGGACCGCCGCCUUAUCUUAGAGGAAAUGACAACUCCUUGGUUUCAGCCCUCAAGACGCUGCUGUUCUUCACCAUCAUGAUGGUCACGCUGCCCAUUGGACUGUACUUCGCAUCAAAAGCGUACAUCUUUGAGGGUUCCAUGCAGAUGUCCAGCUCUGACAGCUACUUCUAUGCCGCCAUUGUUGCAGUGCUUGCUGUGCAUGUGGUGUUGGCUCUGUUUGUUUAUGUGGCCUGGAAUGAAGGUAUGCCUAAAGGAAAGGGCAAAGAAGAUUAAGGCAUGUCCUUCUCAGCUCAUAAGACCUGAGGAGAUGGACAGACACAGGCAUGGGUCCACAGCCACCCUGCUAUGGACUCUAGCACUAAACAUGGCCCGAUCUACCAAAAGUUAGUGGAUGUGGUUUGAGCGAAGGCUUUGUAUUUUCACUGGUAUGGGAGGGUGGAAUCUGUUGGUUAUUUUUCACCAGCCUCAGCAAGCCUGUUAUGUGACUAUCUGUUGUGUGAAAAUAUUACUUUUGUUGACAGAGGACACGCCCUAUUUUUGAAAGGCUUUCUUACGAGCUACCAUUUGCUGAACCACUGUAAGUCCCUUCACAGUAAGACGCUUUAAAUAUAAGAAACAUCUUGGCUUUGAACAGUGAAUAUGUGUGGACACACACUGUAGGUGCUUGUAAUGUGUCUAUGAAGGAUUGAUUCCAAAAUGAUCUACAUCCAUUCUUCAGUGUGUACUACUGAGCUGAUUUUUCUGUCCUCAGUUGUAAGUUCUUACCUACAUACAUUUAAAGAUGAGUCAUAACUUCAAUAGAAACUCAUAAUGUGCUUAACUUUGAUUCUGUAUUUUUGAACAAAAUAUUCAAUGUCUUGUCCUUAAUCAGAUUCAUCAGUUUGUCCUUGUAAAGUGUUUGUGUAUUGUAGUAAAAUAAUUG